GUCCUCGCAUUUCCUCGGCGCCAAGAGCACCCGGUGGGAGCUCAGAGCCUGAGCAGGCAGCGGCCUUGGCGAAAGUGCGGCUGCGGAAGCGAUGCUGCUGCUGGGCGGCGGCGAAAGAGGAAGCGGCGGCGGCGGCAGCGGCGGCGGGUGUGCGGGCGCCAUGGGCCUGGGCCGCCUGCACUGCACCCAAGACCCGGUGCCCGAAGCCGUGGGCGGCGACAUUCAGCAGCUCAACCAGCUGGACGCGCAGUUCUCAGCCCUGACAAAAGUCAUUUUCCACUUCCUGACUGAGCCCAAAGAGGUGGAAAGAUUUCUGGCCCAGCUCUCUGAAUUUGCCUCCACCACUCAGAUGGGCCUCAGCCCCCUCAGGAACAUCGUGAAAAGCCUCCUUAUUGUCCCCAGUGGUGCCUUGAAGAAGAGUCUCACAGCAGAGCAGAUCCAGGCUGAUUUCAUAACUCUAGGUCUUAGUGAGGAGAAAGCCACUUAUUUUUCAGAAAAGCUUUUGUUUCAGUGGAAGCAGAAUGCCCCCUCCCUUGCUCAGUGGGCCAUAGGUCAGACCCUGAUGAUUAACCAGCUUAUCGACAUGGAGUGGAGAUUUGGAGUGACAUCUGGGAGCAGUGAACUAGAGAAAGUUGGAAGUAUUUUUUUACAAUUAAAGUUGGUGAUUAAGAAAGGAAAUCAAACCAAGAAUUUGUAUAUAGAAUUAACCUUGCCCCAGUUCUACAGCUUCCUGCACGAGAUGGAGCGAGUGAGAGCCAGCAUGGAGUGUCUCAGUUGACUUCUGUCCUCCUGCAUCUUGGGAGGCCAGGUGCAAAGGUUUUUGAAAAACAAGGGAUUAAGUAUUUAAAAAGCCCUUUACAAUUACCCUGUAAACUCUUUGUUAAGGAAUUUCCACCACCUAUCUCCCAGGACACAUUUUAGAUAUUCAAACAAGCUAUCAAGUUUCAAUUCUGGGGAGGAAAUAGGUUGAGUCAGUUCUCCAUCAAAGUUCCAGAGUGCCAUCCCUCAACAUACAGGAUGAUUGGGUUAAGUGCACGUGGCUUAAGGAUCCUGCAGGGGAGUCGCUUCACAGGCUGUGAAGUAGGUCUGCAGUUGUCUAUCUUUCUCUGCCCCGGUCUUCCCCUUCUCUCUCCAUUUCUCUCUGUCCUAUCUAACAACAACGACAUCAAUAACAACAAUAUAAUUACAAUAACAAUAAAAAAACAAGGACACUGGGAAGCAAUUACAGAAGCCAGACCUUCCACCUUCUGCAUCCCACAAUGACCUUGGGUCCAUACUCCCAGAGGGUUAAAGAAUAGGAAAGCUAUCAGGGGAGGGGAUGGGAUACAGAGUUCUGGUGGUGGGAAUUGUGUGGAGUUGUACCCCUCUUAUCCUAUGUUUUUGUUAAUGUCUCCUUUCUUAAAUAAAUAAAAAAAUAAAAAAUAAAUAAAGGAAACUUUAAACAUAAAAAAAAACACAAGGGUAACAAAAGGGGAAAUAAAUUUUUUUAAAAAAAAGGAUGCAGGGGAGUCUGGCGGUAGGACAGCAAGUUACCGCAGGUGGCCAAAGUGCAAGGACCAGCACAAGGAUCCCGGUUUGAGCCCCCGGCUCCCCACCUGCAGGGGAGUCGCUUCACAGGCAGUGAAGCAGGUCUGCAGGUGUCUAUCUUUCUCUUCCCCUCCUCUCUCCAUUUCUCUCUGUCCUAUCUAACAAUGACAACAACAAGGGCAACAAAAGGGAAAAUAAAUAAAUAUACAUAUAAAAAAAAGGAUGCAGGAUGAUUGCAUCCACCCCACCCUCAAAAAAGAGGAAGGGCCUGCUUAUGACUCAGGAAGAGGUGACUCUAUGAAGACUCUAGGCAAGGUCUCCAGCAAUAUUCCUGCACACUCUGUGGAGGUGAUGCACGCUUUUUUAAAUUUUUAAAUUUUUUUUUCGUGUCAAAAGGGUGAUGUGCCGAUGUUGUAACAAGGUUUGUGGGUGGCACACCUCAUGCAGUCACAUGAUAACCCAAUUAUCACUCUUAUGAACUACAAAAGCAUCUGUGAUGCAUGCUUAAUCAGGUUUUUUUUUAAAAAAUUUUUUUAAGAUUUUAUUUAUUUAGUUAUUUGAAAGAUAGGAGGAGAAAAAGAACCAGACAUCACCCUGGCACAUGUGCUGCUAGGGAUUGAAUUCACAACCUCAUGCUUGAGAGUCCAAAGCUUUACCACUUCCCAGACCACUGCUUAAUCAGUUUUUAAUGAGUUACCUGUAUGUAAACACUUGAUUGGUCAAAUCUGAGGACAGGCUAAGCUUAGUCCUGGGUUCAGGUUUUAACCUAUUGUGUUGUAAUGAGGUGGGCCUUUAAAGUGAAUUUAGCUUGCUCUAUGGGUUAGAUGAUAAAUAAAAAGUUUCUGAAGACCAGGUUUGCAUCCAGUUGUCUUUAUGCAUGGGUAGACAGCCAUCUCCCUCACAGAGAGCUGAUUGUUGUGUAUUAAAAAAACUAUCUGCCUGGGUGGGGGUAGACAGUAUAAUGGUUAUCUGCGUGAGGGUGGGGCUAGAUAGCAUAAUGGUUAUGCAAAGAGACUCUCAUACCUGAGGCUCCAAAGUCCCAGGUUCAAUCCCAUCCCCCCUCCCACCACCACCAUAAACCAGAGGUGAGCAGUACUCUAGU